AUGACGGUUUGUGCAGGAAACCAUGGUUUAAGCAGCCGCAUUGUGCGACGCCAGGGCCUUCAUCUCCUUCUGCUGGGCCAGGAAACACCAGAUCCUCUCUCAGACUCGGUGGUCGACGUCCUGACGGUGCUACAGCUGCAGAAGGAGCCCGAGGGAGUCCGCAAAACACCAGGCUUCUGCCUUCAGAAGCGCUUGGGCUCCGGACCAGACGCGGCUUUCCGGAUAUCCAGACGGGCCCAGAUCAGUGCCCCAACACGGCAGCUCUUCCCAGGUGAGUUCCCCGAGGACUUCUCCGUGAUGGCGCUGCUGAAGGCCAAGCCGGGCCGUCCCGUCUUCCUGCUCUCCGUCUACGAUCACCACGGCGUGCAGCAGCUGGGUCUUGAGCUCGGCCGCUCCCUACGGUUCUUCUACCGUGACCAGAACGGCCACCCGGCCCCUGAGGACUACCCAGUCUUCCGCGGGGCCAACCUGACCGACGGCAGGUGGCAUCGGGUGGCAUUCAGUGUGAAGAAGAAGCAGGUGACGCUAUUCCUGGACUGCAAGAAGAAGGCCACCAUGCCCCUCCCCCGGGGGAACAAGCCCCUGUUGGACACCAAGGGCAUCACCAUCUUCGGGGCCCGGAUCCUGGACGAGGGGGUCUUCGAGGGAGACAUCCAGCAGCUGCGGAUCAGCUCCAACCCCCAGGCCGCCCACAGUUACUGCCCGGACUGCGGGGGCCCAUCACAGAAGCCCCAAGCCCAGGAAGCUCAGCAGAGGCCCCCCAGGCCUGAGACGCCCCCCAAGACGAAGCCCCCCACUCAGGCCAAGCAGCCCCAGAAGCGCCAGCUGCCCGGCCCCUCGCCCACCGCCCCCAAGACGGACGCCCCAGAAGGGAAGCGGCCCAGCGGCCACAAGGAAUCCCGCGACGGGAAACCACUCAGCAACGGAAAGGCCUCAACCGCCGGAAAAACCCCCAAGGCCACCAGCCCCAGUGCCAAGGCAGCCUCGGCCGGCAAGAAGGCAGGGGGCCCGGCCCAGGCAGCCCGGGGCCCACGAAGCAGCUACCAACAGGAGGAGGCGGCUGACGAGGAGGAGGGUCUGGACUAUGGAAACGGCGAUCCUAACCCCGGCGAGAUGGGCCCCCUGCUCUCAGCCCAGGCCCCCUACGAAGCCGUCGUAACAGACUCGGUGGUCGACGUCCUGACGGUGCUACAGCUGCAGAAGGAGCCCGAGGGAGUCCGCAAAACACCAGGCUUCUGCCUUCAGAAGCGCUUGGGCUCCGGACCAGACGCGGCUUUCCGGAUAUCCAGACGGGCCCAGAUCAGUGCCCCAACACGGCAGCUCUUCCCAGGUGAGUUCCCCGAGGACUUCUCCGUGAUGGCGCUGCUGAAGGCCAAGCCGGGCCGUCCCGUCUUCCUGCUCUCCGUCUACGAUCGCCACGGCGUGCAGCAGCUGGGUCUUGAGCUCGGCCGCUCCCUACGGUUCUUCUACCGUGACCAGAACGGCCACCCGGCCCCUGAGGACUACCCAGUCUUCCGCGGGGCCAACCUGACCGACGGCAGGUGGCAUCGGGUGGCAUUCAGUGUGAAGAAGAAGCAGGUGACGCUAUUCCUGGACUGCAAGAAGAAGGCCACCAUGCCCCUCCCCCGGGGGAACAAGCCCCUGUUGGACACCAAGGGCAUCACCAUCUUCGGGGCCCGGAUCCUGGACGAGGGGGUCUUCGAGGGAGACAUCCAGCAGCUGCGGAUCAGCUCCAACCCCCAGGCCGCCCACAGUUACUGCCCGGACUGCGGGGGCCCAUCACAGAAGCCCCAAGCCCAGGAAGCUCAGCAGAGGCCCCCCAGGCCUGAGACGCCCCCCAAGACGAAGCCCCCCACUCAGGCCAAGCAGCCCCAGAAGCGCCAGCUGCCCGGCCCCUCGCCCACCGCCCCCAAGACGGACGCCCCAGAAGGGAAGCGGCCCAGCGGCCACAAGGAAUCCCGCGACGGGAAACCACUCAGCAACGGAAAGGCCUCAACCGCCGGAAAAACCCCCAAGGCCACCAGCCCCAGUGCCAAGGCAGCCUCGGCCGGCAAGAAGGCAGGGGGCCCGGCCCAGGCAGCCCGGGGCCCACGAAGCAGCUACCAACAGGAGGAGGCGGCUGACGAGGAGGAGGGUCUGGACUAUGGAAACGGCGAUCCUAACCCCGGCGAGAUGGGCCCCCUGCUCUCAGCCCAGGCCCCCUACGAAGCCGUCGACUUUCUUGGUUUCCCCCGUGGCCUGAAGGGAGAGAAAGGGGAACCAGCCGUCUUUGAACCUGGGAUGGUUGUGCCCGGCCGGCCCGGCCCCGAAGGACCCCGGGGCGCGAGUGGACCGCCUGGCACCCAGGGGAUGCCCGGAGCUCCUGGCGACCCCGGAGAGCGGGGUCCCCCUGGACGGGCCGGAUUCCCGGGGUCAGACGGACGUCCAGGGCCCCCCGGCACCUCCAUGAUGCUCCCGUUCCGUUUCGGGAGCCCCGCCGGGGGCCAGAAGGGGCCGGUCGCGAUGGCCCAGGAGGCCCAGGCCCAGGCGUUCCUCCAGCAGGCCCGCCUAUCCUUGCGUGGCCCUCCAGGACCCAUGGGGUACACCGGCCGCCCAGGACCCAUGGGUGAACAGGGAGUCUCCGGCGUGAAGGGGGAGCCCGGAGAUUUUGGCCAACAGGGGCCCCAGGGACAACAGGGACUGAGUGGCCCCCCAGGGAAGCCCGGCCGUCGCGGCAGGGAGGGCGCAGACGGUGCACGGGGGAUGCCUGGAGUGCCUGGCCUCAAGGGCGAUAGGGGUUUCGACGGGCUGCCCGGCCUCCCGGGGGACAAGGGAUACCGGGGAGACCCCGGUGCGCAAGGAGUCUCUGGACCCCCGGGCGAAGACGGCGAGAGGGGCGACGAUGGAGAGAUCGGGCCCCGUGGCUCCCCUGGAGAACCGGGACCAAGAGGGCUGCUUGGCCCCAAAGGGGCCCCGGGCGUCCCAGGGCCACAGGGCGUGCGUGGUGUGGACGGCCCCCACGGACCGAAGGGGGGCCUGGGUCCGCAAGGGGAGCCGGGACCCCCUGGCCAACAGGGGGCACCUGGAACUCAGGGUCUGCCGGGACCACAAGGCCCCAUGGGGGCCCCGGGGGAAAAGGGACCCCAAGGGAAACCAGGCCUUCCCGGGAUGCCCGGCUCGGAUGGACCCCCGAGGGGCCACUCGGGGCCCCCAGGACCUCCAGGAGAACAAGGCCUGCCAGGGCCCUCCGGGAAGGAAGGGACCAAGGGUCCACCAGGCGAAGCCAUCCAGCCCCUGCCAAUCCAGCGCCACAAGAAGAGCCGGCGCUCGGUGGAUGGUAGCCAGCUGGUGCCAGAGGAGGUGGAGGAGAUGGCGGCCGACGGGGCAGCGGGACAGCCGGCCUCCCGGCGCGUGGAGGAGAUCUACGGCUCCCUGGAGUCCCUCCGCCAGGAGAUCGAGGGGAUGCGGAAGCCGCUGGGCACCCAGGACAGCCCUGCCCGCACCUGCCAGGACCUCCGGCUGAGCCAGCCUGAACUGCCCGACGGCGAAUACUGGAUCGACCCCAACCAGGGCUGUACCCGCGACUCCUUCAAGGUUUAUUGUAACUUCACGGCGGGGGGCGAGACAUGCGUCUUCCCCAGUUGGGAAUCUCGAGAGGUGGCAAUGGCUGCCUGGGAGGAGGAGAUGCCGCCGAGGUGGUUCAGCCAGUUCCAGAAGGGCCAUCAGUUCUCCUACGUGGAUGCGGAGGGCCGCCCUCUGGGCGUGGUUCAGCUCUCCUUCCUGCGCCUGCUGAGCACCUCUGCCCGCCAGAACUUCACCUACCACUGCCAGCACUCGAUCGCCUGGCACAGCUCGGGGUCCCCCACCUUGGAGGGCUACCAGCAGGCCCUGCGCUUCCGGGGGGCCAACGACGAUGAUCUGAGCUAUGACAACAGCCCCUACAUCAAGGCCCUGGUGGAUGGCUGUGCGGCAAGGAAAGCAUCCAGCGAGACACUCCUGGAGGUCAACACCCCCCAAGUGGAGCACCUGCCCUUGCUGGAUGUGCACCUGAUGGACUUUGGGCAGGCCGGUCAGGGCUUCGGCUUUGAGGUGGGGGCCGCCUGCUUCCUUGGCUAGAGCGGAGACCCCAGUGCAGCCGGCAGGAGUGGGACGACCACCUUCCUGGUGCCCACCAAACAACGGAGACCAUGGGAAGGGUGGGGUGGGGAUCAGCCAGAGGCCCAGCAACCGGAAGAUCUGUGGAGUGCAGAGAAAUCCCCCUACUCCCAGGGACUCACCAGCCCCCAUGGAAAUGUUCUCUCUGCCACCCUUGCUGCUGAAUCCCCCAAAGGGCGCUGUUCCCCCCUCCCCAAAUGGACCCUAACCUGCUUCAGUGCUUCCUUCCAUCUAUGUUGAUGGAGACACCUCCCCCAAACAGCAGAGUCCCUAGCCAGC